CACAAGUAGAGCAGAUUGUUUAUUUUACAAGCGGACACGCCCAACCAAGAGAAUGUUUUGGAACGAAUCUGCUCCUGCGGCCGGCGUAGCAAGCCGGCGCCAGGACCGCGGCACGGCGUCCUACCAUCAUCAAUCCGCGGGCAGACCGCGGGGGGUCAGACGCAUUGACCCGAAUGCUACGUACCAAGAGCAACGGCAAAAAGUGGUGGAGCCGAACGUACCGUCGGCGCUCGGUGGUAUUGAUGAGGCCCUCUGAAAAUCGCUCGGAUACAAAAAAGUGCAUGAAGUUCAUGAUUUGCGUGUAUAUUUACCAAUUGCGUAUCACAUCACCACACUAUAUGACUGGACACUACCAUGUCAAAACCCUAUAACAGGUUGCAUCCCGUCGGAGUCGGAGACCCGGAGCGAUGUGCUUCCCCGGACCACAGAUAAUGGCUUGCACGGCAACAACGACAUGUCCCGUCGUACGACCUUCCGCUAUCACAGGCGCAAAAUACGACGCUCUCGACCCAAUGCCACUUUGCAGUCUUGGCGCAACCUAUUUUCCGAUUUACGCAGCAAGUUCACGAACUUGCACAAAGCCGCAGCGCCGUCGUAUAUCAUGGCGCAAGUGGCGUUUUUCAUUUCUCUAGCAAUGCGUCGAGAGGCAUUGCAAACCCGGUUAGAGCAGGUCCAUAUUUUGUUUCCAUAAGAACCACGGAGGAGCCGCUGCGAUGGGCAGCAAUCGGCCGUCCUUUCAUCUCCACAAGACCGAGGAAGUCUUCGCAGCUACGUCCCCAGCGGCCCAAGACGGUUUCCAGACCUUCGACGACCGUGACAUGUUUCGUACUCUUCUUUUGCCAUUAUCAUGCUUGUUUGUGUGCGCAAGCGCAACUACAGUUUCGCACCAAAAAGAAAGGACAGAACAUUCGCCUCCUACAUGACCCCUUCAGGGACAACAUGUUUUAAGUACUCUAUUUCAGAAGUGCGUCUCAUCGAUCUCUCGUAUUCGAAUACCAGGUGCCGGCACGGGCAGUAACCGCGACGCACUUGCCUACCCCGGUGCUCGGGGUGUGACGUCCAUGAUGGAAGGAAACGACAACCCGUACUGCACGGACAACCCGUACCUGCGGAACUGCUCGAAGAUGAACAACGCGUCCUCCUACCAGCAGAAGCCCAAGACAAACAACUUGAUGCGCUCGCACCUCAAGUCCGGUAAUGUCAGUUUUCCUCGUAUCAUGCACCUUUGCCGGACGAACGGCGGCACUUUCAUUAUGAACGCAGAGCAGAAACCUUUAUGUGGAAGCAUACCUCUUUUACUUUUUCAGUGGGAGCGCAGAGCAGAUACACGUUUUUCAGUGGGACGCAUGAAAAUAAACAAUUACAAUUCAUAAAGAACAAAAACGCACGACAGGCUUGGCCAGUUCCCGCGCGCCGCAACAAAUCCGAACGGAAUUUAGCAAAGAGUCCACCGGAAUUUUUCCGCAGAGCCGAGAGCAGAGUGAUCUGUCCACCCCGCAGUCCACGGCGACCGGCGGAGCUGAGCUGCGCCAGGUGCUAGUCGAAAUCGAGGGUCUGAAGGCGCGUCUGGGCAAGUAUCAAAGAUAAAAGUGUCUGGGUCUGAAAGGAUGCAACUUGUGACGCUGCAUUUGGUUUUGGAUUCCAGAAAAAUCUGUAUUGCAUGAGUACCAAAAGGAAUGAAAUUUUUUCUACGCGGAGAGGGCAUUUGUCAUGCGAAAUAGGCAUCAAGAAGCUCUCAAAAAAUCUGUGAUGCUAGGGCAUGCAUCACAGACAUCAGGGCUUGUGCAAAACGUGCAUGACAAGUGUCAGAACCUUCCAGCCCCAGACACUUUUACAGUUGAUAGGAAGGUCGAGACAGACAUGACCACUAUGCAGCAGGCCGUCGGCCGGCUGGAGAAAGGAUUGGGCCAGCUCCAGCAAUAUGAAUUGCAAAUAUCUCUGGGUCUGGACAUUUGUGUUACUGAUACCUGCAGUGCAAGUUGGACGCAUGCAGAGCAUACGCAGCAUAAAAUGUUUUCCUCAGCUUCUUGUUUGGCAUCACAAACUGCAGCCAUCCAGCACGACAAAAGAAAUGGCCAAUCGUAAAACUCAUGCGUAAUACAGAUCUUGUUGUCUUUGAAGAAGUCCCCCAUCUGCAUGACAAAUCCAGACUCAGAAAUAUUUGCAAGUCAUCACCAAUCCUGCGAGCGGCGAUUCAGCUACUUGGAAACGAACCAAUCCGCUCUGCAACGCAUGUGCCUCACGUGCUGCGGAAAGCAAGACUUGGCGGACAUCUAUAAGGUUUUCAGCGAAAACCAAAACGAGGCGCUGUUGCUCGAGUUUGAGCAAAAAGUGGCCCCGGCUCUGGACCGGCUCGCCGAAACCCGCGAUGAAGUAAGUGCUUACAAACUACGUUGUUUUGCCCGUGCUUAAGUAUAAAGUGAAAGUGGAUCAGAAUAAAUUAGGUCCUGCAGCAGCGUGGUGUUCGCAUUUUAGGAGUGUCUUUGUGUGCAACAUGAACCAAGCGUGAGCAGAUGCGCCCAAGUACGUUCAUGACCAAUACUACAAUAUCAGGAACUUCACACUGUCGCGGAAGUCCAGCAGGCCCAGGGUGCACUCGACGCGGCUAUCGAUAUUGCAGCAGAUUACCUGUUUUUCAAAUUGCGGCGCCAAACCAUCAAAACCUGCCGUCUGCGCCGGCAUUUACUCGCGGCGAAAGACUGCCGCCUGCAGAGUCCCGUGCCGCAGCUGGUGUCGGGUAGUGGCGUUGCGAUGUGACGUCGAUCCUGCUGGGAUGGUCAGAGAUUGCUAUGUCAAACAACUACUACUGAGCGCAACUACUUAACAAAUACUAGAUGAACAGCCAAGCAUUUGCAAAGUAUCCAUCUAUCAAUAUCGAGAAUCACCUACUGCUGAGAUUUUUAUUGAGAAAUCCAUCUCUCACUAUAGCCCCUUGCUGAUGCAGCGAGUUGUAAAAUCGGGCGCGGCCGCUUCUGAGAGAGCUAUGAAACCGAAAUACGCAAUUAUUCGUUCGCUAGAAUGAAAUGGCGACCGUUGAAAGACUGAUAGUUUCCGGACACCGACCGAUCAAAAUGUUGGUGCAUUGUAGAAUGUGAAUGGUUGAAACUUCCGCAGCGAACAACUAUAGUACGAGUAACUACUGCUACUAUCUCCUCGUGCGCGAACAAGCCCCACGCGCAAGCAACUACUGCUACUCCUAUGAAACAUCAGCCCCACGUCUUACCUCUAAGCAGCCAAAUUUGUUUCGAACCAGCCCCGCGCUACACUACUGAAAGACAGCCCCCAACCCGGCACGAAGUGCAACGAGUCGCAAAAUGUAGAGCUCCUUUUGUGCCUGAACUUUGAUGACCUCUGAAACACAGUGAAAUUAAUCUUCUACCACAUUGGUAUUUUC